AACCAGAUAUCGUCAUGUGGCAGUAUCGGACAAUCGGCCUUUUGGCCUUAAUACUUGCAGCAUGUGUCCAAGCACAAAUCGGGGGCGGUACACACACCGAUGGUGGAUUCGAAGGUUACAAGGGAAUCGGCGGUGGAGUUGGUGGAAUUAGCGAAAUUGAAGGUGUCAGGAAUGGAUUCAGAUUUAAUGAAGAUAAAUUACUGUCACUGCGUACGAAGCGAUAUAGCGGAGGCUUCGCCUCCAGUAGCGCUAGCAGUUCGGCUAGCGCAAGCUCGUAUGGUGGUGGUAGCGGUGUCUCCAAAUCCAAUUCUCAAGCUUACGGCAGUGCUUCGGCAGGUGCACAAUCCUCGGCUUUGACGAAUGGUGGAUACGGAGGCGGUGGACAUGGCGGCGGUGGAUACGGUGGUGGUGGACUCGGUGGUGGCGGACUCGGUGGUGGCGGUGGUCACGGUGGACUCGGAGGUGGCGGUGGACACGGCGAUUAUGGGGGUGCAGGUGGACACGGCGGUUACGGGAGUGGCGGUGGACACGGUGGUUACGGGAGUGGCGGUGGACACGGUGGACUCGGAGGUGGAUACGGAGGCGGCAGCCACGGCGGUAUAGGGGGUGGACAUGGCGGACUCGGAGGUGGUCACGGUGGACUCGGAGGUGGCGGCGGUCACGGUGGACUCGGAGGUGGUGAUGGACACGGUGGACUCGGAGGUGGCGGUGGACAUGGUGGACUCGGAGGUGGCGGUGGACAUGGUGGACUCGGAGGUGGACAUGGUGGACUCGGAGGUGGUCAUGGUGGUCUCGGAGGUGGUCACGGUGGACUUGGAGGUGGCGGUGGACAUGGUGGAUAUGAAAGCGGCGGUGGUGGAUUCGGAGGUGGACACGGCGGCAGCGGUGGGUACGGAGGUGGACACGCCGGCAGCGGUGGAUACGGAAGUGGAGGACAUGGAGGCGGCGGUGGGUACGGAGGUGGCGGCCACGGAGGCGGUACAUAUGGACUCGGCGGCUAUGGUAGUGAUAGUCACGGUGGUGGUGGAGGUGGAAUUGACAAAAUUAGUGGAGGUUUGGGAGGUGGGCCUAGCGCCGGCGGCUACGGUGGAAGUAGUGCCGGUGCUGGCAGUUAUGGAGGAAGUGGCUCUGGAGGACAUGGUAGUGGUGAUGUCCACGGAGGAUAUGGUCAUGGUGGUAGUUCUGGUAGUGGUGGUUAUGGCGGGGCUGGUUCUCAUGCAGGUAGUCACGGAGGCGGUGGUGUCGGAGGUUACGGUGAAGCUGGCCAUGGUACCGGUGGUUUGGGUGGUGGACAUGGAGGACUCGGCGGUGGCCCUGGCGGACUAGGCGGUGGACAUGGAGGAGGUUUAAGCGGUGGAUACGGUGAAAGAGAAUUGAGCGGGGGACAUGGAGGUGGAUAUAGUAGUGCAACUGCCCAAGCUAGUGCAAGCGCAAAUGCCGGUGCUGGAGGAUAUGGAGGUCACGGAGGUCUUGGCGGUCACGGACCGGGAGUAGAUCUAUUCUCUCGUAUUGGUGAUACUGAAGACGGUCAGAGCGGUACUGUCGAAGGGGCCAAAGGAGUUUACAGCAGCAGCUCGUCUAACAUAGACAGUUCCGGUAAAGGCACUUACUCCGUUAAAGCUGGUAAAAUCCCAGCGUAAAUCUCGCGUUUCACUUUCAUCCUGAUUUCGGAAAUUGGUUGUUGCUGUGCUAGAGAUCUUCCCGACGACUGAAGAUGCAUAGCUGUGAUUACAAAUCUAUUUUUACAUAAACGUAGUACAAUUCAAGGUCUACGGUUUAUUUAUUUCCAAAUCGCCAAGCGUGAUAUGACGCUGAAAAUAAAUCCAUGAGAUUAUAUAACAUUCUCCUAAGUGCUUUAUUGACGUUUCCUAAUCCCACACCCAAAGGAAGAGCAUUAUGUCUUCUGCAAUUAGCGCUAUAAGAUUAAUGUUCAAAUGACAUCGAAAAUAUUUCCGUAUAAAAGAUUGUAAACCAAAUCACCUUCUUGACUAAAUUGUGAAACACUGAAAUCGAAUAAACUUUUAUUCUAUUCUCUAAUA